CGACUCGUUCCUGCAGGCGCCUCGGAGACCGCCGGGCGGAGAAGGGCGAACCUUGAAGGUGCUUCGCGCUGAGGCGGCAGCGACGCCGCCCGAACGAGGCCGACAUGCAGAGCUGGAGCCGCGUCUACUGCGCUCUCGCCCAGAGAAGCCGUUUUAACCGGAUCCAGCCUGGCUUACAAGGUAUAUCUGUAGUGCCUUUAAGAACCUAUGCUGACCAAGUUGAUGCCGAUGUUACUGUCAUUGGAUCUGGCCCUGGAGGGUAUGUUGCAGCAAUCAAAGCUGCUCAACUUGGUUUUAAGACUGUCUGUGUGGAGAAGAAUGCAACACUAGGAGGGACCUGUUUGAAUGUUGGAUGCAUACCUUCUAAGGCCUUGCUAAACAAUUCACACCUGUAUCAUUUGGCCCAUGGAAAAGACUUUGCUAGUAGAGGAAUCGAGAUUACAGGACUCAAAUUGAAUUUAGAGAAGAUGAUGGAGCAGAAAAGUGGUGCAGUCAAGGCCUUAACAGGGGGAAUUGCUCACUUGUUUAAACAGAACAAGGUGACACAUGUUUCUGGUUUUGGAAAAAUAACUGGCAAAAACCAGGUCACGGCAACGAAAGAUGACGGCAGCACUCAGGUCAUUAAUACAAAGAACAUCCUCAUAGCCACUGGCUCAGAAGUAACACCUUUCCCGGGAAUUACGAUUGAUGAGGAUACAGUUGUAUCAUCCACGGGGGCUCUUUCUUUGAAGCAAGUCCCUGAAAAAAUGGUGGUCAUCGGUGCAGGAGUCAUUGGUGUGGAACUGGGUUCAGUGUGGCAGCGUCUCGGUGCAGAUGUGACAGCUGUGGAGUUCUUGGGCCAUGUAGGUGGAUUGGGUAUUGAUAUGGAGAUAUCUAAGAACUUCCAGCGCAUUCUCCAGAAGCAAGGCUUUAAAUUUAAACUCAAUACUAAAGUUACCGGUGCUACCAAGAAACCCGAUGGAAAGAUUGAUGUUUCGAUUGAAGCUGCUGCUGGUGGCAAGGCAGAAGUGAUCACUUGUGAUGUACUUCUGGUUUGUAUCGGGCGGCGCCCAUUCACAAAGAAUCUUGGCCUGGAAGAUGUGGGUAUUGAACUAGAUAAUAGGGGAAGAAUCCCGAUCAACAACAGAUUCCAAACCAAAGUCCCAAACAUCUAUGCUAUUGGCGAUGUAGUUGCUGGACCGAUGCUUGCUCACAAAGCGGAAGAUGAAGGUAUUUUGUGUGUUGAAGGAAUCGCUGGAGGUGCAGUUCACAUUGACUACAACUGUGUGCCCUCGGUCAUUUACACACAUCCUGAAGUUGCCUGGAUUGGAAAAUCGGAGGAACAGCUGAAAGAAGAGGGGGUUGAAUACAAGAUUGGCAAGUUUCCUUUUGCUGCCAACAGCAGAGCUAAGACCAACGCUGACACAGACGGCUUGGUGAAGAUGCUCAGUCACAAAACAACAGACAGGAUGCUGGGAGCGCAUAUUUUAGGAGCAGGUGCUGGAGAAAUGAUUAAUGAAGCUGCUCUUGCAAUGGAAUAUGGAGCGUCAUGUGAAGAUGUUGCCAGAGUUUGCCACGCACAUCCAACUGUGUCUGAAGCCUUCAGGGAAGCCAACCUAGCAGCAUCAUUUGGCAAAGCGAUCAAUUUCUAAAGUAAAAGGAUACAUAUAACGCACAAAAGCAUAUUUUCCUUUGAAAACUGACAGAAGGCUUUGGGAAAGGCUGAGUCAUUUGAAAACUUCUGGGACUUAACUAAGUGAACUUUUCUUUUCAACAUGAGCUAUUUAAACAGAUUUGGGGUUGGGAAAUCACCCAACAGCUGUACAUUAAGUAUGUUUGGUUGUUUGUACAUUCUAGGUUUCUGCAGAAGACAAGCUACAGCAAUGACAACUUAAGGCUGUAGUGUGCUUUAAAAGAGUCCAUCAUGUACCUAGGCAAAAUAUAAUUGUUGAUACUAUCCAGUGUUGCUUUUCUGUCAUUGCCGAGGAACUGAUACUGUAAUAUCAUGAUACUUAAAAUAUGCCACUGUCACCUUUGCACAA